UUCAGCCCGCCUGUUAGAUAAUAUCCGACCCGAAGAGCCCAUAAACCCUCGUCGUUUCUUCAUUCGAAAGUUUUACGUAGAAGCAUCAACAAUGGCGGACUUCUCCUUUAACACAAAUCCUUCAACCUUUUCAUUCGUCUCGUCUUCAUCUUCAUCUUCAUCGUCUUCAACCAAUACUGCAUUUGGAUCAUCAUCUACUAAAACAACAACUCAACACACUUCAUCUUCCACCCUAGGGUUUUCAUCUUCUAGCUUCUCGUUUGGCAAUGUAACAACCUCCUCUUCUGUAACUUCACCUACUACUACACCUUCACCAGCCGUUGCUUCUACUGGAACAUCAACUUCUUUUUCAUUUCAAACAUCCUCUACAACUCUAGCUACUCUUGCACUAUCGUCACAACCGCUAUCAACACCUUCAGCGUCUUUGUUAAGCACCACUGCUUCCACAACUACAACCUCAACUGCUACAGCCACUACUGCUCAAACAUCGUCUCCUCUUGUUGUAUCUUCCAGUAGUGGGACAACUACAAGUGUCAGCACAACUGCAGUCUCUGCUCCAAAGAUACCAUCGGAAAUUACUGGAAAGACCGUGGAGGAGAUCAUUAAGGAGUGGAAUGUUGAGCUCCAGGAGCAAACUAGCAAGUUCAGGAAGCUAGCUAACGCAAUAGCUGAAUGGGACAAAAGAAUCUUGAACAACCGGGAUGUUCUUCUUAAACUUGAGGCAGAAGUUGCAAAAGUUGUUGAGACCCAAUCAAACCUUGAGAGACAGCUGGAGCUGAUUGAGACACAUCAACAAGAGGCUGAUAAGUCGUUACGAAGUGUGGAAGAAGAAGCUGAGCGAAUAUACAAAGACGAGCAUGGUCUGCUUCUUGAUGAUGAAGCAGCUUCAACCAGAGAUACAAUGUACGAGCAGGCUGAAUUCAUUGAGAGAGAAAUGGAACAGAUGACUGAACAGAUUAAAUCUGUAAUUCAGAAACUUAAUGCCAAUCAGGGUGGAGAGCUUGAAACGACUGAUGGUAUGUCCCCAGUGGAUGUUGUUGUUCGGAUCCUUAACAAUCAACUAAGCUCAUUAGUAUGGAUCGAUGAAAAGGCUGAAGAAUUCUCUUCACAUAUCCAGAAUCUGGCUAAGAAAGGUACUACUGCUGAUCAAGCAUUAAUGGGCCUAAAGUUUUGGUUGUCUUGAUAAGUGUCCUAUAAAAAAUCUAGAGUUACUUUCUAGUCACUAAAUGUCAAAUAAAUUUGAUACCAAACCGGUUUGAUAGAUCAAGCAUCACGGUUGUGUUUCUUUUGUAUGCAUUUAGCUACGAACUCCGUACAGUUUGAUUCUUGCUGCUUAUGUAAUUAGCUUAUACAUUUACAUUUUGUAAUAGCAUGACAUGUAGCUUGAUUAUCAUACAUGUCUUACUUACGCA